GGUUGGUCAGAUGCUCAGAUCAAAGACAUAGACAACAAGUCUUGGCUGUCUUGCUAGGCUACGACCCUACGAGCAAGAGGCAAGACCUAUCUAUUCCUUUAGAUGCUAAUCUCUUCGCUCUUUGUACGCUUAUGCAUAUACACAUUCAUACAUCCCUCCCCGGUGGCUUGAACUGUUCAUCGUGGAAUUCGUUGAAAAUGGAAUUUGUUUGAAAAUUUAUCACACCCUUCACUCUGCUCAACGCCGCCACGAAUGGAAUUCUCAGGGUUUGCAGUACUCAAUUUUUUCUGUUGCUAAGGAAUUCUCGUUUUCACAGGUCAUUUGGCGUCCUCAGUUUUCAUCUCCAGCAAGUGUAUCAUGGGCGUUGUGGAAGCAGUUCCCGAACCUGUCGGUUUAAAGCAGCCAUGGGUUCUUACCGUGCAUUCCUUUUCUGAUUUAUCGCAUGUUCCGCCGGUUGUAUUCUUAUACCUUCUGAAAGAAUGUUAUGUCUGCGGGAAUUCAAAAGCUACUACAAAGUUUCGUGCUCUUCAACAACAAGUCUAUCUGGCUCUUAACAAUGCCCCUCAUCCUGGACCAGCUGUGUUUGUCAUUCACUGCAUGUAUGCGCUGCCGUUGUUUGAAUCAUAUGCUGAAGGUUUCAGCCAUUUGAUUAUAUCUGCUUUACGUAGAUUCCUGAAAUACAAUACCAACUCAGCUGACACUCUACAAGCUCAGGAUCUUGCUGCUCAGUUAUUUUUGAAUGUUGUUCAAGGAUCUGUAAUCCAUGACGAUAGGAUUCUUACUAAGAUUAUUGAAGUUUUUAAUGUCAAAUUUGUAAAUCUUGAAAAAGCUUGGGCAAGUAAAGCAUCAAAUAAAUCUGGUUUUGACAAGGCAGAAGCAUUUAUUGAGAGUUAUGUCCAACAGUUCAUAGAAUCUCAGUCAUAUAUGACGGCUGUGUCUCUGUUGGAACAGUUCUCUAUCACACUCUCUGGAGAAUCUCUUCUGUUCAAAAUGUUACAAGAGCAGGAUUUUAAAUCAGCCGAGAAAUGGGCAACAUAUAUGGGUCAGUCCUUGCUGUGUGUUCUUGUAGACGAAUACGUCAAAAUGAAUAAACUGAAAGCAGCAUAUCGAAUUAUAAAGAAGAACUCUCUUCAAGAGAUUUUUCCAGAUGUGUACCAUAAGUGUAAAGAAAGUGCAUUGAAGACUCUAGCAGAAAAGGGAUGCUGGGAUGUUGCUGAAUGGAAGGCGCAGAAUGAUAGACAACUUCUCGAAUAUCUGGUAUAUCUAGCACUGGAAGCUGGCUACUCGGAGAAAGUUGAUGAAUUAUGUGAUCGAUACUCCUUUGAAGGAUUUGUUAAAGCUAAAGAGCCUGAAGCCUGUCCUAUUCAAAGUCACUAUUUGAAUCUUCAUGAACUGCUAAUAGAUGAUUUAACUUGGGUUGAUGAUGUUGAGGGUCUACAAAAAGCUACUUCUUAUAUUGAAGGGUGUAAAGUUGUGGGUGUGGAUUGUGAGUGGAAGCCUAACUAUGUGAAAGGCAGCAAACCCAACAAGGUUUCUAUCAUGCAAAUUGCCUCCGAAAAGGCUGCUUUUAUCCUUGACUUAAUUAAGCUGUAUGAUGAUGCUCCUGAAAUUAUGGAUAGCUGCUUAAUGCGCAUUUUUCAUUCACGUAGUUUAUUGAAGCUAGGCUAUAAUUUUCAAUGUGAUAUGCAUCAAUUGGCUCGUUCUUACCCAGAGUUUGAGUGCUUCAGGCGUUAUGAAAUGCUUCUAGACAUCCAGAAAGUGUUUAAAGAGUCUUGUGGUGGAUUAUCUGGCCUAACAAAGAAAAUACUGGGUACUGGUCUAAACAAGACGCGAAGGAAUAGCAACUGGGAGCAACGACCUCUAACCCAGCAACAAGCUUCACAAGUUGACUGCUCCAAGAAGUCCUGGAAGAAAGGGCCGAAUUGAGACGGCAUCUUAAAAAAUGGAAAAAUAAAGCAGAGCCAAACGGGUUGGCUGGAUGUGCUAAGCUGUUAAUACCCGAGCUUUUGUAUACCUUCCGUUUGCGCGAGGUUAAUGGUAGGGAGUUUAAGUAGAGUAGGGUAAGAGUUAGAGUGAGGUUAUUAUUUCUUGUACAUUAUCUUUUAUGAAGGAGUUUGAAAGUGGAGGACUAAACUUGUAAGGUAAUUUGCAUUUGACUUAGAGUACCCU